CUAGAGGAAAUUCUUAGGUACCCAUAAGCAAAGAGAGGGGACACAGCACACAAGCGCAUGGAGGGAGACAUGGGAGCAAUUGUGCCUGUCUGUCUGCCUGUCGGUGUGUUGGUGCAGAAUCCUGUGAAGGAGCGGCUGCUGCUGCUCAGGCAUCGACGCAUGCAGGAACGCACUCUCGACGUCCACUUGCUCGAUAUCGUAGCCCUUGGCCAGGGCCGUACCGAAGAGCAGCUUGGCUGUGGCCGUACGGCUGGUUGGAGCGUGGAGUGUCUCGUGCUCACGUUCGCCCUGGCUGCCGUUGAUCACGAGCUGUGUCUUGGGCCGUCCGUCCGGCUUGGUCGUCCCCACGGCGAGGAUGGAGAAGAUCUGAGCGCCCCUAGGGACGUCACGCCUUUCGCCCCACUCGUAGGUCUUGUGCUGCUCGAGCUUGUCGACCUCAGCUGGUCCACCUCGCGCCACCGUUGGUCUUCUGGGCUCAAUCUCCUGAUGAUUGACGGGGUGGCCUUCGUCGUCAGCCACACGCACAUCGCCCUCGUGCGCCCGGAAGGCGUGCAGUUGGUGGUCGAGCGGUGUGCCGGUGGUGCCGUUCAU